AUGGCUCCAUCUCGCGGCAAGAGCGUCUAUCGGGUCUGUCAGACCGUCGAUCUCCAGCCCGUGAACCCUAGCCCCUAUAGCCGCCGCCACGCGCCGCCCGGCGAUCGCAGAUUCGUGUCGGCCGGGGUCGUGUGGACGCCGUGGACACAUGACGAAGCCCACGACGAAGCUCAAGACAGGGACUGCCUCCAGAUGUGGUGGAGAUGUGUCGCCCAGAGAUGCUCACUCCUGUGCCUCUUGCAGAGACGGGCUGCCUUCGUCGUCUUCUGCGAGACGUUCUGGCUGACAGACCAUCGCUGCGGCCUUGUCGCCCAUCCAACAGACCUCGAGCUUGAGGAGGCUCCCAUGUCCAUCACUGUUCAGCCGCUUCAAUUCGCCCUCGCCAGCUGCUGCCAGGCUGCUGCCAUCCUCGUCCUCGUCUCUGAUGCCCUCGAGAUUGCGACCGACCGGACUGAUGACUCGCCGCCAGCCAAUCCGUCGCCGCCGAGGCCGCGUGGAACCACAUAA